AUGGAGUGGACAAAUGGACAGAGGAGGAAGGAAGGAGGGAGACAAUGGACAGGGAGGGUGGAGGACAGGAGGAGUGGACGAGUGGACAAUGGAGGAGGAGUGGAUGGAAUGGAGGAGGAAGUGGAGGAAUGGACGGGAAUGGACAGGAGGAUGGAGGUGGAAUGGACACUGAGAAUGGAGGAAUGGAGGAAUGGAGUGGAGGAACAAUGGAGGAAGGAUGGAAUGGUGGAGGGACACGGACAGGAAGGGAUGGAGGACAAUGGACAGGAAUGGAAGAAGUGGAUGGAGGGAGGACAAUGGAAGGAGGAGGUGGAAGGAGGACACGGAGAGUGGAGGAGGAAUGGAGGUGGAAGGGUGGAGGGACACGGACAGGAGGAAGGAGGAAUGGAAGGAAGGUGGAAUGGACGGGGAAUGGUGGAGUGGAGGAAUGGAGGAAGGAAUGGAUGGAGGAUGGACAGGAGGGGACAGGAACAGAAUGGAGGUGGAGGAAUGUGGAGGGAUGGAAGGGACAGGAAUGGAGAGGAGGAAGGAGGAGAGGAAUGGAGGAAUGGACAAUGGAGGGAGGAUGGAGGAAUGGAGGAAUGGAGGAUGUGGAAAGGAAUGGAGGGGAGUAGAAUGGAUGGAAUGGAGGAAUGGAGGAAUGGAGGACGGAGGAUGGAAUGGAAGGGUGGAGGAAUGGAGGAUGGAAUGGAGGAAGGAAUGGAGAGGGAGGACAAUGGAGGAGGAACGGGAGGACAAUGGAAUGGUGGACAAUGGAAAGGGAGGAGGGAGGGAGGAAUGGACAGGAAUGGUGGAGGAAUGGAAGGAGGGACAGGAUGGAGGGGUCAGGAAUGGAGGGAAUGGAUAAAUGGACAAGGGACGGAUGGAGGGGAUGGAAUGGAGGUGGAACAGUGGAGGGGAGGACAGGAAUGGAGGGACAAUGGAAUGGAUGGAGGGAGGGAGACACGUGGACAGGAUGGAAUGGAGUGGACGGGGAGACACGGACAGAAGGUGUGUCAAGUGACAGGGAGGGAGACACGGACAGGAGGUAGUGGUAAUCAGAGUGAGGAGGGAGGGAGACACGGACAGGGGGGUGGUAGUGUGUCAGAGGAGAGGGAGGGAGACACGAGACAGGAGGUGGUGUGGUCAAGUGGAGAGGAGGGGACACGGACAGGGGGUAGUGUGUCAAGUGAGAGGGAGGGAGACACGGACAGGGUAUAA